AGCUUCCUCACGAGCCAAGCCGAGAGGUUUGAAUUACCACGAAAGCCACACACGUAUGGGAAGAUAUCACAUGCGAGAAAAGUAGAAAAGCACUUGAAACACAGCGCGUAUCUUAGUAUGGACAAACCUGAGGCAGCAGUUCUGAACACCGGUAGCCUGCGUGUCUUUCAUUGGUCGAAACUCAAGGUUCAAAGUUCCUUUUCCGGUGUUCGUUGGGUCUGCGCCAACUCGUGUAACCAUGGCAACUGCGUUUUGCGUCGGGUCGUCCGCAGCACGUUGAGCAGUCCGGGACAGUUUCUUCUUCGCUUUUUGAGGGUGAUUCAGCGAACAAUUAUAGCACGAUGUUUACUUGUGUUGUUUACAACUUUUUUUUUAAUCGAGUUGUUUUGUCUUUUCACGGCCCAUGAAGUGGCCGCUACACCGCGCGUCCUGUCGGUUCUGACAACCAUCUGCCAGCUGGGGGGGAAGAUGUCACGGAUGUCUGGGGAAGGGCCUAUAAACGUGUCCUACAUUUUCCCAAAUGGGGACAGAUAUGAGGGGGAGUGCAGCAGGUCUGCAUCAGGGGUGAUGAAGAGGAGCGGUGCUGGUAAACACACGUCAGCCGGUGGCAUCAUAUACACUGGAGAGUGGAUGGAAGACCAAAUGAAUGGCCGAGGGGCCUUGCAGCAUCCCUCUGGAGCACUCUAUGAAGGAGAAUUAAAAGGCAACAUGUACCACGGCACGGGAACGUAUACCUUCCCAGACGGCUCUACUUACAAAGGUCACUUUCACAACAACAGGUUGAAGGGAGACGGGGCGUUCACUGACACACAGGGACUGGUUUGGAUAGGGGAGUUCCUCGGCAAAGCAGCGCUGGGCCUGAAAAUGCAGCACACUUACACAAAGCAAGCAUAA